ACCACAACCCUCACAUAUUCCAUCGCGUUGACUUUGAUUCGACGUUGGUAGCUGGUCUACACUCUCUAGCCCGCUACUAUGGAUAGCGAAAAGCAGGCUGCCUCUCAGCCUUUGCUUGCCGACUACGACAAAGUUGAUCUCGAGACCGGGACGCUUCCCGAGCCUCAGCCUUUCGCCUCUAAAGCGUCCCCGAAGGCCUCUUGGUCUCGCCUCCGCAAAGGCCUUGUCCUCGCAGUUCUCGUCGGCUUCGGUUUUCAUGUCACUCGUCGUUUCGCGAAACACUCCGUUCAUCUGAACUCUGGUUGGGAUGGCCACUCUCACUCCCACAAGGGACAAUGGCCCAAGAAAACCUCAGGUGUAAUCGACGCCCUCUUCCAUGACAUGGAUGCCAAGGGUGUGCCCUACGGAAAGAAAGCCGAAGACCUCUUCCUCUCAAUUCCGAACGAAGCCAGUGCUCUUGAGGCUUCUCGCCAAUACACAAGCAAACCUCACCUUGCUGGCUCGGAUGGUGAUCUUAGCACUGCGGAGGACUUUCUUUCCCUCCUUCAGCGUGAGUUUGGUAUCGCUGAACCCCUCGCUUCCCCCAUAUUCUCUGCCGGGUCGGAUGAAUCUCGCAACGCCACACUUUCCAUCUCGCACAUCACGGAGCCCACUGCGUGGAUCGACACCUACUACCCUAUCAUGAACACCCCACUCGAUAGAAGCCUUCAAAUUCUUGGAGACGAUGGUGAACCUAUCUGGACUGCGGAGUUAGAGGAGGUCGCCGACGAGACCGACUCGGAUGCGUGGGUUUACAGAUAUGCGGUCCCCACCUGGCAUGGUCUUAGCCGCGACGGCGAGGUCGAGGGUAAGCUGAUCUACGUCAACUACGGAACCAAGGAGGACUACGACACGCUCGUUGAGCAAGGCGUCAACUUUACCGGUGCGAUCGUCAUCGCUCGUUAUGGCGCAAUCUUCCGUGGUUUAAAGAUCAAAGGUGCUCAGGAGUUGGGUGCCGCUGGCUGUUUGAUCUACUCCGAUCCUCGUGAUGACGGUUCUGUCACAGUCGAGAACGGCUACGCGGAAUAUCCCCAUGGACCCGCUCGUAACGGCAAUUCAGUCCAGCGUGGAUCUGUUCAAUUCCUGUCGCUAUACCCAGGAGACCCGACCACCCCUGGCUACCCAGCCUACGAGAAUAGUACACGUACAGAUGGAGAGAACAUCCCCAAAAUUCCGAGUCUGCCAGUCUCUUGGGCCAACGCAAAGGUAUUACUGGCCGAGAUCAAGGAAGGGGGCUCGAACAGGACGGUGAAACUCGUCAACCACGUGGACGAUAAGGUCAUGCCUAUCUGGAAUACAAUGGGCGUGCUUCCUGGCCACAUCAAGGAUGAAGUAGUUUUAGUCGGUAAUCAUCGGGAUGCUUGGGUUCUCGGUGGCGCAGACCCCAGCUCCGGAACGGCGUCUGUUGUCGAGAUUGUUCGUGGCCUUGGUGCUCUGACGAGAGCCGGGUGGAAGCCUCUGCGCACCAUCGUGUUCGCUAGCUGGGACGCUGAAGAGUAUGGCCUCGUUGGCAGUACCGAAUGGGGCGAAGACUUCGCUGAUUGGAUUGAUGGCAAUGUCGUCGCCUAUCUCAACCUCGAUUCUUCUGUCUCUGGCUCCCGCUGGAGUGCUCAGUCCUCUCCUUCUCUCGCUCACUUCGUCCGUUCCACUGCCGAAGAGAUUCCUCACCCUACGGACUCGGCCCGUACACUCUGGGAUGCUCGAGAGGACAGUGGUAUCCUUUCCGGCCCGGUCGAUGCCGAGUUUGCUGCUAUGGAGGAAGAGAGGGUGAAGGCGGCUGCAGGAAGCAUCGGAGUCGGCGUCUUGGGAUCUGGAAGUGACUACACCAUCUUUUUACAGCGUAUCGGAGUUGCAAGCACAAACUACGGGUUCGGAAGUGGACCUGGUGAUCCUGUCUAUCACUACCAUUCCAUCUUCGAUUCGCAGCGCUGGCAGGAACUCUACGCGGACCCAGGGUUCUUCCGCCAUGUCGCUGUCGCGAAGCAUCUCGGCCUGCAGAUCAUCAGGAUGGCAGACUCUAUCGUCCUUCCGUUCAACACUACGCACUAUGCCUACGAGCUGGAGAGUCAGCUCGAUAAGGUUGAACUAUUGGCUGACGAGUUCGGUUCGACUAUCAAUCUCGCUCCUCUUCGUGCCUCGAUCAAGUCGCUCCAGUUCACUAGCAUCAAGCUCGACGAAGCCAAGGUGAAGGCUGAAGCUCGUCUAGAGCGUCUUAUUCGUAAAUUCCGCAGACACGAGAAGAUCAAGGAUUGCCUAAAGAAGGCGUGGAAGAAGAUCAAGGGUAUCUUCAAGCACCACGAGGACAAGGAUGGGGAGGACAGGCAUCAUCACACCCAUAGUGCUGCCAUGGACAAGACUUGCGCUCGGAAGAUGAGGCAGAAUGGGAAGAAGCCGAGAGUGGGAAGACUUCCGGCGUGGAGGCAGGAGAAGGGGCAGGAGAUGAAGGGUGUACAUGGGCAUCAUCAUGGUCUCGAUUCCGACGCUGAAGUGGAGAAGACCAAGCUGCCAGAUCUUCCGGAUUUGCCAGAGAUUCCUGAGAUCCCUGAAAUCCCCGAAAUUCCUGAUAUCCCUGAGCCUCCAAAGGUGCCCAAGAUUCCCGAUGUGCCAGACCUCCCUGACAUCCCGGGCGUUCCCAAGCCACCCAAGAAGCCCCAUCACCCUAAGCCGCCGAUGUCUCAUUCGCAUAAGCAUGCCCUGCGUAAGUUCAUCAAGGCGGCGAAGGAGGUGCAGAAGAUCAACGAGAAGUUGGCAUCGUUUGAGAGGGGAUUAAUUCAUCCAGAGGGACUCAAGGAUAGAGAGUGGUAUAGGAACAUUGCUAUCGCACCAGGAAAGUGGCUUGGCUACGGAGCGACGCCCCUUCCUGGUUUGACGGAGGCGAUCACAAUUGAGGGCAACGUGACGCUCGCAGAAUACGAGGCGGCGAGGUUGCAGCAGGCUGUCGAGUUGAUCACGAAGUCUCUCCAGGUCUAAGAGAAGUUGUUUGAAUCUUGUUUGAUCUCCUGUUUUUCUUCCCUAUCUCCCGAACCGCGUGUAUGAAGUAAACUGUCGAGACGCAAGGACAGAUUGAUGAAAUUAUCAUGCUUACCU